GACAAUGGUUUCCAUGUCAGCGGGUAAACGCACUGGUCUAAGCGCCUCAAUGGGAGGGAGCAUGGUGUAGUGAGUAUGUGCUGAGGAGAGAGGAAACAAGCUAAGGGACCCGGUGUUUAAAAGAGCCAGCCAUGGAGCGCCGAGGCUUAGUGCCUGGGCCAGACUUUGAGUAUUUCCGGCGACGGUAUUUCACGCCGGCGGAGGUGGCACAACAUAACCGGCCUGAAGACCUUUGGGUGUCUUACCUGGGAUGUGUGUACAACCUAACCCCGCUGGUACAGGAGUAUAAGGGGAACUUGCAGUUGAAACCCAUCUUGGAAGUUGCAGGCCAGGACAUCAGCCACUGGUUUGAUCCAAAAACCAAAGACAUCCGCAAGCACGUAGAUCCGCUAACCGGUUGCCUGAGGUACCGCACCCCGCGGGGCCGCUUCGUUCACGUCCCGCCUCAGCUGCCGCGUUCGGACUGGGCUAAUGAUUUCGGGAAGCCCUGGUGGAAGCGGUCGCAAUACGAAGUGGGGCGGUUGUCUGCCAAGACUCGGAACAUCUGUAUUGUUAACACGCUUACGUCGCAGGAGCACGUCCUGGAGGUGGGGGCUCUGGAGUCAGUGUGGGAAAUUCUGCACCGCUAUCUCCCCUAUAAUGCACAUGCUGCCAGCUACACAUGGAAAUAUGAAGGAAAGAACCUGAACAUGAAUUGUACCCUGGAAGAAAAUGGGAUCCGGGAUGAGGAGGAAGAGUUUGACUAUCUCAAUAUGGACAGCACACUCCACACACCUGCAGUACUGCUCUACUUCAAUGACGACCUCACAGAGCUAUAGGAAAGAUGUGUGCUCUUGUAGACUCAAGACAUAUUUUGAGUUUGUCUUUUUCUGUGCCUUGAGGAAGAGGUCAGGGUGUGGGGUGCCAGGACUUAGAUCUCCAUUUUCCUCUUGGAACCGUCUUGUGGUUGGUCCCUUUGCCCUUAUGAAGAAUGAGUCCUGUUCCCCAGCUCCUUUACGAUUUGCUCUGAGAAAAUUAGGGAGGAUGCCAAAAGUGAACUAAUCUUUAGGAAUGAUACAAGAAGACAUAGUAUCUUGGAUUAGGGAGAUGGAAAGGAAGAAAGUCAGAUGGAGCUAAACUAGAACUUUUUAAUAGUAAGAAAAGUCCUACAUGGGGAUGAGGGAAUGGAAGAACAUUUUUGCCAAUGAUGGAAAUGUGAUGGGUGGGGAAUAUGAGAUUUACAAAGACAAGAAUAGGAAAAAAAAAAAAAAGAAUAGGAAAUAACUAUCAUUGACCAUGCAGAAUUGGCUUAUCUCCUUCUAGAAGAGUAUUGGACAACUUAGACACAAGAAGAUAAAUGUUAUCAGGUAAUUCAGUGUAGGUAUUAUACUGGAUGCUUUAUAUAUCCUUUUUAUUACAACUAUCCCAUAAGGUGAAUGCCACUAACACUAUUUUACAGCUAAGUCUUUUGAACCUUAGAAAGUAGCACAAAGGCAAUUGGUUAGUAACUAGGAUGCAAGUCCAAGUCUGCUAGCUCCAAAGAUCACAUUCUUUUUCAGUGUAAAGAGACUGUCUCAAUGUCUGACCUCAUGCUAACAUUGGUAACCACUGCUCUCAGAAUAAGUAUUUGGGAUGUAGAUUUGUCCUGGAUGUGUUGCACAAUGGGAAACCAUAUGCCUAUUGUGUCAUCACACACUUAUUAAAUUGGAGUUAAUUAGCACAGUACUUCAGGGGCAGAGAGGGGGCAGGGAAGGCUAAGUGUCAGCUAAGCAAUAGCUAUUAAGGCUGCGUCUUUGUUAAUCCCAUAGAAAAAUUUCUAACUUUUUUGAUGCAAAGAGCAACUUUAUUGACUCACGUUAAAACUAGAGUGGGGAACGGGCUUGUAGAUUGGGACACUUUGAUGAGAGAGCAAAAGGAAGCACUUUUCUUUCCACCAAUGGGCCUUACUACUUAGAGAAGGUGAGGAAGACAGUUGAUUUUGUGAAACAGUGACUCCAAAAGAGGGGUUUGAUAGAAGUCAUGUAAAGAAAGGAGCUAAGUAAGACAGAAAACCCUCCUAGUGACCAAAUGAGAACCAUCAAGGACUAGAUUUGAUUCCCUUAAACAGGAGUCAGGAAUUCAGAAUAACAGACAGGUAAACUUCCUGGCAGCAGCAGGCAAAAAUGAAUCAGGGAGCUGAAAAUAUAGCUCAGUGGCACAAGCGCCUGCCUGGCAAGGGCAAGGUCCUGAGUUCGAUUCCUGGUACCAAAGAAAAAAAAUCACGGAGUUUAGAAAAUCUUUUUGGUCAGAGGCCCUAGGCCCCAAUGCAAGAGAAGGUGGUUGCUGUGAGAUACUAGGUGGGCUGCAUGGGAGUUUUCUGAGGGGCUGACUGAGAAGCAUGAACAAAGGUGAAGAUAUCAUUGUUGACUUCUGCAGUAUCUGAAUUCACUGAGGCAUAAGUCUUCUGUCUAGUCCCAUGGAAUUCAGGAAACCAUGUAUCAUCUGAAUUAAUCACUGUGAUGUUUAAUCAGUUUUGCAGUGAUUUCAUGUGUAUCUUCAACUAAAACCUAAGCUAUUUAAGAAUCAAAGCUGUGCAGUUCCUCUCAUGCCAGCCUCAGGGUCUAUGCCUAUGGAAUGUGCUCAUUCUGCCCAAACUUGUCCCUUUUCUGUAGUACAUAUCAUGCUUUAGUACCUCUUGCCAGAAACAGCCCUUUCUUCAUAUACCCAAGUAGAAGCUGGGCGUGGCUGUGCACACUUAUAAUGCCAGCACUCCGGAGGCUGAGGCAGGAUGAUGGCCAGAAGUUCAAGGCCAUCCUCAGCUACAUACUGAAUUCCAAGCCAGCCUGAACUACACAGCAAGACUGUCUCAAAAAACAAAACCAAGUAGAAUCUAGCUCUAAAUAUCUCUGGAAUCCAUCUUCUCUUCUCUGAGUUAUCAUCAUUUGUUGUCUAGACUGUUUGGGAGAUUUCCUAACUGCUCUUCCCAUUUCCACUUAUGCCCUCCAUACACUGUGUCAGAUUGAACUCUGAAAAAUCAAAACGUCUUGCUUCCCUCAACUUCCUCAGCGGCUCCCAUUUGCUUUUGGAAUAGUUUUAAAUUCAAAGACCCUGCAUGUGUCAGGUCCUGUCUACUUUGCACAUCUUACAACACUCUUCUUCAUUCCCUGGGGAGGGGGGCUCAUUUCAUUAUGUGUCUUCUUGCCUCGGAAGCUUCACAAAGACUCUUUUCUCUACUCACCAACCCUUCCUUUCACUUUCCACCUAGCUGAUCCUAAAUGUUUCUUUCUCAGGGAGGCUUUUCUAAUUUCUCAAGAUAGGUUAAGACUUUCUGUUAAAUCUUCACCAUUAUGCAUUUUUUAGAGUUCUUACUUUGUAAAAUUUUGGAUGUAACUGUCUAGUUGGCUAGUAGAUUGUAAGCUCUUAAGGGCAGUUUAGUCCAUCUUGUUCUUUACUGUAUUCCCGAUGCUGGGUACACAGCUGCUCAAUAAAUUUUGACUGAAUGAA